UCUACCUAUCUAUUUAUCACACAUCUAAGCUUUUUCUGUAGUAAAAAUAGAUGUCUUAUAGGUGGAGGAAUAUUUAAUAAUAAUAAUAUAUACGUUUGUAUAUUAUAUCAUUGACCUCUAAGGAAAAGAAUGAUUCAGUUAUAUUAAAAUACAUCUAGUUUAAGUCACGUCAACAGCUAAGGGUAUGCACAAAUCCAAAGCUACAUCUACCCCAACAUCAACUUCUUCGUCAGCAUCGACAUCAGCGCAGGGUUCGAAAAGCAAAGGUAAAACGAAUAAUACAAGUGGUAGUUAUAGUGCAAGUGAUUGUGAAAGUGUUAGUUUAAAUGUUGGUGGUAGCAGUGAUAAUAAUAAAAGUGGCGUCCGGGAUUUAGAUGAUGGUGGUAAGCAUGACAAGGACCCUUCGUCUGGGCAGUCUGAUUCACAACAGGCCAAUCGUCCUCCUUUAGACAGGCAAGGAGAGAUCGGAUCUGCUCCCUUAGCUACUUUUGACACCGUUGACCUUUCUGACGAAGAAGUGACAAACAGUAAAGACACAGCUUCUGCAAACACGGAGGUAGUCAAUAACAGCGAUCUGCCACAUGCUUCUAUUGUAGGUACUACUUCAAAAACCUCUCUUUCAGUCACCACUAACACUCACACAAAAGAAGCCGCCUCAAACGAACUCGUUCAUACAGUAUGUUCUAUUCCUGCAGCUGCGAGCAAAAUAAGCACAGCUGAAGCUACUACAAGUACUGUAACGAUCCACAAUAAACUACCCAUAGUUAGUUCGUGUUUGUAUAAAGAAUCCCUCGUAGCUGCUUCCAGUGAUGUUACAUCGGACGACUGUUCUCGAAAUGCUGAUGUAUGCCAAAGUAAUUCACCAAACUCUAAGUCCUCAAAAGAACCAGUUCCUGUAAAUGCCAGCAAAGGCAGUAAAUCAAAAAAGAAACAGAAAAUAAAAAAUGCUGCAAGUAAAACAUUAUCACCGUCACCUGCUAAAGAGGGUAGGCAAAAGAAAAAAACGUUUUUUGGUCGCAAAACAAACGCAUCGGACUUAGAUGGAGAAAAGGACAGUGAAGUGGUUUCUAAACAAUCUGAGGUUGUAAACCAUCAGCUUGUUGAUGCACCUUCGUCUGACGAUGAUGCGGACGGCAGGCCGUACAGAGGGAUAUCUCCAGGAUGCUUGGACUCACCAUCUUCGUUUGCAUCAGGUAAAACUGAUAAUUUACAUGAUGUAAUUAAAGAUAAACAGGAAUCAGUCACAUUACCUUCUGCAACAGAAGGUGUCGCAGACGUUGAUUUUGUUAACUUUGAUACAACUGAAGAUGGUGCAGCUACUCCAGUAGCAACAGAGCCAGGCUCUGGACCCAAGUUAAAAGACUUAAGUGCUGUAGAAAAAGUAAACUUACUCGAUGACUCUAGUUCAUCAGAAAGUGAUCUAAGUGCUGCAGAAAGCCUAACGACCGAAAAUAUCUACUCAUCUUUAGCUGCUGGUCGGGAGUCUCUUAAAUGUAAUGCAUUGAAAGAAGUUGAUGAUAUUGGUCAACAGUUUGAUAACUUUACAGAACCCACCUCUUUCAAUUCUAAACGCAAAGCUUAUGAACGAAGAUUACAGCGACUGCAAGUAAAAACCACUCCUAUCAACAGACCACGUAGUGCUACACCUCUCAGUGUUGUGACUUUAGACGAAUAUACACAUCUUAGUUCCCCAGAAGUAUCUCCUAAUUUGGAAAAACUGAAAAUAGUUUUGCCUUCUGAACAGUUUGGAAAGCCAAUAAAAAGUCCUCGUGGUGUUGGUACUUCCAAAGAAAAUGCCUUUGACUUUAAUGAGGAUCGUUUGUUUCGACAUACGAAGGAAGCUAUAGUUUUACAAAGUGAUGGUUCCAUUGGACAAUCUCCUCGUCGAAUUUUUAUUCCCCCAACUCUUUCACCCAGUCAGUCUCCCUGCAAAGCUGCUGCCGGAUCACCUGUAUCCAAAUUGGUUCUUGUAUCGAAAUUACCUGCAGGUACGAGUCCACUUGUGAAAUCUGCUGCUUCUACUGCUUCUACUCCCACAACCACCUCCAUCACUACCACCUUACCAACUUCAAAUCCAUCUUUAGUUCCUCCUUCAUCGUCUGCACCAAAAUGUUCUGUGAAAAAAUGGGAGCAGUUUGAUGAUAGUACUGCAUGUCCACUGCAAACUGUAGAAUGUAGUAAAUUAGGACCAGAUUCACUUGAAGGUAGUCACAGCAGAGAUGAAGCUGUAAAACCUGAUGGUAAAGAACAUACAAAAAGUAAACUUUUCACUGCUGAAUGUAGUGGCAAUAUUGAGUCUCCUCUCGUUGGGCAUGGAACCCAGCUGAGGGGUCAGGAGCCGGAGGAGGAGGAAGAAGAGAUAUUAAAAGUUGAAAUAGGUUCUAGUGAAGUAGGUAAAGCCUAUAAUAUAGAACUGGAAGUGCCUACCAAAGAUAAGAUGGACAUCUCUCACAAUAAACCUAACUGUUGAUUGAUCUAUGUAAUGUUAGAUCAAAUCUGCCUGGACUUACCAUUUGGGAAAGCACAGGAAGCAUUUCCAUUUUGAAGGUGUCUUAUAUAACUGAAAUGGCUUCUGCUGAUAAACAUGUUGGCCUCAAAAACCAUAUUGGUUUGUUUGUAUAUGUCACUGAACUGCCUGUCUCACCAAAGCCAAGUCUUUUGGUUGGAUUAACCAUUUUUCCUUUGCCAAUUUCAUAUAUCAAUAUGUGCGAUAGUAUGUAUGUACGUAUGGAUGGAUGGAUGGAUGGAUGUGUAAAUGAGAAAUAGAAUUCUUCUCAAAAAAUAUAGGUGAGAUUGUUAAUUUAUUCAGUGCCAAGGCUUUGGGGAGUCAAAUGUUACCAUUGCUAGGAAUGGGAAACUCAGAGUAGCAAUGGAGUAUGGAGUGAAAUUACUACAUUACAGUUUGGAAUGAAAAGAUAAAAAUCACAAAUGUACAUAUUGUAAGUGAGAGUAUGUAUGUGUGCAUGUGUGUGCAUCUGCACAUGUGGGGGAGGGGGCAUGUUUCUCUAGGUAUAACAUGAAGAGGCAUGCAUAUUCAUAUAUAUAUAUAUAUAUAUACCAACACAUAUAAAUACAUACAUACAUAAAUAUAUAUAUAUAUAUAUAUAUAUAUAUAAUA